AUGGUUGAAAAAGAUCCUCAGUUGAGUGCUUUAGACGUAGGGGAAUUAGAUGUCUUCGUAGAAAGCAUGGAGCCGUGGCAGAUUGAGAGCAUUGGAAAUCAGGCUUGGGUUGAUUGGCAUAUUAGGCUUCAAAAGCUUAAUCAACAGGCUGUUUUGGAAGCGUCUUCAAUGCAAGAGGAACUUACAAAAGAGACGCUAAUCUCUUGCGGAAAGCUGCCUGUAUUAGUUUAUGAGGCCAUAUGCAUACAAGUGUGGCGGUUGAAAGUGUAUCCACAAAUCAUGAAGCUAGAACCGAGCCCUGUUAAUACUUUUGGGAUCUAUAUGGUGUUGUACCAUGAAGCAGCAGCUGUGGGUUUACUGGAGACCGUGCUGUUUCAUGAAGACGGAGCACAGUGUAUCAGUGAGGUGAUGAUAGAUCUCCUAGACUACGCUGUAGACCAGCUCACUGCACUUCUGGCACUCAUCAACUCAGGUCACCUGAAACCGGUGACAGCGAAUGAAAUGGAAUGCGAAACACAAUUUGAAGAGUUGGAAAGACAAAAGCGCGAACUGCAAUUUGAUAUUAGCAUGAGGUGCAUCUCCCUUGUACGUUACAUAUCAGAACACAUGGAAACAGCAGGCGUGGCGGCCUCUAUGGCCACCAAUCUUUACAAGACGCACGAUAUGCCGUCCCUUUUAUCGCACUUACUGCAACUCGAGCCUUGGAAGAGGUUCGACGACAAAGGCAAUUUGCAGACGUUCAACUUAGGUCGAUGGUCUCGUCCUGACGCCGAGGAGUUGAGUCAGCUGCACCGUAGCGAGGCGCAGCUGUGGCUCUGUUUGAGACAGCUCCUGUUGGAGCCACGACUGUCUCACUACUACACCAUAGACGAGACGCGACGCAACAUAUUCUGUCGACUGCAAGCAAAUUUGACGGACAUAAUGAUCGAUCAGAUCCCGCCGCUGGUAGAUUUGAAGACUUUCUUAUGCCGUUUGUCAGUCGGCGAUUAUUCAAAUCUCCGAGGGCGCACCAACGGCGUCAAAAAUCCAGGCUGUACUCUCAUAGAGCUCGUUCCACAGAUAAAAGAGGGUUACAUGAAACAAGUGCACAGACGCACUAAAACCAUAGCCAAGGUUCAGUUGGAGCGUUUCCGUAUGGACGGCUCUGAUGAGUCGCGCGGCAUGGCGAGGAAACUUCUAGAAUCUUACACGAGUGACGCCGCUCUCGCUAUGGACAGUGGAGGGGCGAAAUGUGCUAAAUGUGGCGACAAAGCGAGCAAGAAAUGUUCCAGAUGCAAGACAGAGUGGUAUUGCGGAAGAGAAUGUCAAGUGCAGCAGUGGCCAAAACACAAAGACAUCUGCGAUCAAUUCGCGAAUCUCACAGCAAACUAAAAUGUUUACAAGAUGUAAGUCGCAUUCCCUUUACGAUUAUGUUAAUUUAUGUAUUACUAGGUAAUAUAUCUCUAGAAUUAAAAGCUCAUGUCAAUUUUUUUUGGGUUUUUAUUUUAACUUAGCGAUUACACCUAGGAUCUAACUCGAAGACUUCAGGUAGUCUUUGAGCACGUCCAGCGCUGGGGUCUCUUCACCAAAAUCCUGUAAAGAAAGAAGAUUAACAGCCAACGAUUUUCCUGGCUUUGCCGUCUUUGUCGAUUUUACACAGACCAGCCCAUUCGCCUAAUUUCUUGUUCUGCUUACCUUGACUAAAGGAAUCUGAUGUUCGUUACAAAGGGCCUGCACAAGCUUUUUUAAUAAAGAUUCAUUUUCUUGCAUUUAGGAAUAAAAAUAAUGUUAGCUUACUUGUCGAGAGCUUUGGCUGCUUCAUGUAGUCCAUGGACAAGGCCACCGUGAAUCAGGGCAGUCUUCAGCACCUCCUGCAGGGCUGUGUUCACUUAAUAACAAAAAAUAGCAAAAACAUUUUCAAUACUCACACAUCAACAUCAGCCAUGGUUAUUUCGUAAUUGCCGACCUGAAAUAUGGAAUGCAACACAUUGAGUAAAACUCUGACAAAUUAUUUCUUCUAUCAUAUUUAUUUUACGGUGUUUGAUUUUUGUAAUAAUUGAAGAUUACGAAAAUUUUAACACCAAAACACUUUGACACUUUACCU